ACUUCAUAAAAACAUCACACAUUUGAAUAACGUUUGCUCUUUUCAGUGCAUAUUGCUAGCCACCAUGGUGUGGCUGUUUGUAAUUUUUUGCAACCUAGGUAGCUAAUGAUACUUAAAGGGAAGUUGUUUGAUCACGCCCGUUUUAUUAUGAUCUGAUAAAACGCGCCUGCCUGACAUUUUCGACACCUGUGGAUUGUUCACGUGUUUCAACUUCUGUCUGUUUGUAAGUUAGGAGUUAUGCGUUCGGAUUCCUAACAGUGGAGAUAGGUGGUGUAUGUAUUAAAAUUUGUGUGUAGGUAUAUCAAAUGAUAAUAAUUUAAGACUGAAAUUUUCUUACCAUAUCUGUCCUUUCGACACCCACUCCCAGAAUCGCGAUAUCUAAUUAUCACAAUUCGCAUUGUAGUAGUCCAGUCAACACUCUCUCAGUGAACAAUUUAACGCGGAUAAUUAUUGCUAAUAAGUUGUGGGUAGUACUUUUGGAUUCAUUUGUUCAGCUGUAACACUUAAAUGUAUUCCUUUGUUCUCAAGAUUCCCUCGAUCUUAUUCCCCAAGAUCUUGAGACUAAUAAGUCGACCUUCCAAGUAUCCCAUGUACAUACUAUCAGCAUUUCUAAUAAACAUGCCAACUAGUUUUGUCCUACUUGCAAUAUGAUGCUGUCUUCCGUGCAUGGUCUAUGUACCGCGAAUCGGUCUUAAUGAGAUCUGUUUCUGAGUACUGAGCUAAUGUACCCUCCCAGUUAUUUUAUUCGAUUAAGACAGCUUCAUGUUCUUGUAACAUUGUUUAUUGACUUUACUGGCACUGAGCUAUGGUAAUUUCAAACAUGGGUAUUGAGUAUGGCAGAUGGAUAUUCAUAUUAUGACCAUGAUAAGAAAGACUUAGGGAAAGCCUACCUUAGUAGAGUUAAAAAUUACUGUAAGGGAUUAGGAUUAGUAUUUGGUUAGGAGUUAAGUAUUUCAUUAGGAACUUACGUGAUAUGUAAUGGCGAAAUGCUACUUUACAUAUGAAUAAAUGGAUAACGCGUCCAUUUUCUCCAUUUUGGUGUAACUUCAUCAUAGACGUACUGAUGGAAAUAACGCUCUCAUCGACUGAAUUCUCGGGCAUCGAUCUACCAGGAGGUCCACUUGUCGACUUAGAAUACGCAGAUGACAUAGUCCUGUUUGGUGAAGACGCUGAUAACAUGCAGAGUCUUUUGGUGGCACUGAGCAACAAUACCAGAAUGUUUGGGAUGCGCUUCUCUCCCUCUUGAUGCAAGUUGUUGCUUCAGGAUUGGUCUGCGUCAACACCUGAACUAAGGAUAGGGAGUGUAGUAAUCGGACGCGUUGACAACUUCACUUGUCUUGGAAGUCUGAUCAGCCCUAAUGGGUUGGUGUCCGACGAAACCUCAGCACGGAUUCGAAAAGCUCGUUUGGCCUUUGCCAACUUACGUCACCUAUGGCAAAGGCGAGAUAUUCAUCUAUCAAUUAAGAGACGAGUAUACCGCGCGGCAGUUCGUUCCGUUUUACUAUACGGCUCGUAAGUUACUAGUAUUUGACCACAGGUGCCUUAGAAAUAUUUCUCACAUCUGCUGGGAUCACCAGGUAAGUAAUAGUGAGGUUAGACACAGGGUAUUAGGGAAUGAUGAUAAAUCAGUUGAUGAGGUUGUGAAUCUUUAUCGGCUGGGAUGGUUGGGCCACGUGUUGCGUAUGCCUGAACACCGAUUACCACGGCGCGCAAUGCUAACCGGUGUUAGGGAUGACUGGAAGAAAGUUAGAGGCGGCCAAACCACAACGUGGCGUCAGUGCUUGAAAUCACUAACUUCUGGUUUGAGCCAUGUUGGUAGAUGCAGACUAUUUGGUUGGAGUCCGCGUGACUGUUGUAACCAAUGGUUAGAGACUCUGUGCGACAUGGCUGGGAAUCGAUCACAAUGUUGUCGGUGUAUACACUCCUUGUCUUUCCUUAGACUGUGAGAUUAAAAUAGCUUUAUAUCAUUCUUUCAACGAACUGAUUCUUUCAUCAUGUACUAUGUCCUUAUAUGCAAUCUUUCUGUUAGAUAUUACCACCAUUGAAUUAACUACUUCUAUGAGUCCGGUGUUCAUCUUGUUGUGCUAAUGAAGUAUGGCAACUUGGACCGGUGCAUAUAUGUGCCUGGUCCUACGUUGCAGUUGACUGACUGACUGAUAACGCGUCAAAACUCGGGACUUUCUGUUUUAGAUUUUAUUGGUUUUCCCGUAAACUAUAAUGAGUCAAUAACUAGUUUUCAUAAGUUCUAAGCUUACUUUUGUAUCACCUCUGUUAGGAUGAAGCCGAUAAUUGAUUCUGGAUCGGUAAAGUUGAACAAAAAACGCAACCCUCAUAAUAUCAAGGAAAAGCUUCUCAGACAAGAUGGUACAAGCAAAAGUGAUAUAAAAGUAUAUAUGCAUAUGCAUUCAAAGAAGAAGCGGCAAAAGUAUACUAAUUCUACAGUUGAGGAUAAAACGACUGAAUCUGAAAAAAAUACUUUUUUGACAUCUAGUCUCAAGAUGAACAGUCAGUACGUGGAAUCUGAUCGCUUAAGAUCAAAGAAGAAAACUCGACGGGAGAAAAAUAAAAAUGUAACAAAGCGUCCUCACGAGCAUCCUGAUUCUACUAUGAGCAGUAAAGACCAUUGUAGUGUAAGCAGUCAGAAUUGUCUAUCUCUACUCAUCACCAACCUGCCCAAACAUAUAAAUUAUUCAAUGCUCAAAGAUGCCAUACCGUCAGCUGCACGCUUGCAUCUAUUCAGGAAAUCUGGAAAGCGUCUAGCAUUUGCCAAUUUCUAUACCGUGGAUGACUAUUCAAAUGCCAUUAGUCGUUUGGAGGGAUUUGAGUUUGACGGGGUCAAGCCAUUAUUUAGGCAAGUUACACGCCAUGAAAAAACUGAAAAGAAAAAACCUGAGAGUGGUGAAUUAAGACUGACUAUUCAUAACUUACCAUACUCUAUUACUACAACUGAGUUAGAAGAUGAAUUUCCUACAGCCAAAUCAAUCAUAAUAAAUACGAAGAAAACUGGAGUUAAUAAAGGAUCCUGUUUGCUUGAGUUUGAAUGUCAUGAUGAUCUUCAAGUUGUUUUGGAUGCUUGUCAACAUAAAGUGAUCGGUGGUCGCCGUGUAUCUGCCUUGCCCGGUCUUCAUUUUGCAAUUAAAUCCGAAAACACCAAAGCAAAUACUAAAGAAGCCGCUACGUUUGGUAUAAAAAUAUGCAAACUGUCUACAUCAAUACAAGAUGAUCGACUUCGACAGCAGUUUCCAUUGGGGUCCAUAAUUGAAUAUUGUUCAGUGCCUACUAGUAAUCCAUUAUGCAGAAAUGUAUUUCUCACUCUCAAGAACAUGAUAUCUAAUCAGUUAAUUGUUAAAAAACUUCGUAGAAAAGGUAUCGACCAACAUCGCCUGCACAUACAAUCAUGGUACAAAAAGAAUUUCAAAUCUCAAAAAAUUGAGCUAAAACCACCAACUGACGAUGACAAAAACAAAAUUGAUGAACCGAAAUCAAAGACGAGUGAUUCAGCUGAAAAUGGUGAAAUGACAUUUUCAGAAUCAGAUAAAAAGAAUAAAUCAAAAAAACAGAAACUUGAAAAAAUGGAUGUCUCUUUGGAGAAUAUUAAACUUGUGGCUUCAGACUCAGCCAAUAAAAAGCACAAAUUAAAAAAACGAAAAUAUGAGUGCAUAGACGUAAAUAUGACCGAUUCGCAUUCGUCGAACACUCCACAGUCUCAUAAGAAAAAGGAGUUCAAAACCAAAGACAGGAGUCACAUCGGUGACAAUCCAAAACACAUAGUAUUCGAUCAAGAUGACAAAAACAAAAUUGAUGAACCGAAAUCAAAGACGAGUGAUUCAGCUGAAAAUGGUGAAAUGACAUUUUCAGAAUCAGAUAAAAAGAAUAAAUCAAAAAAACAGAAACUUGAAAAAAUGGAUGUCUCUUUGGAGAAUAUUAAACUUGUGGCUUCAGACUCAGCCAAUAAAAAGCACAAAUUAAAAAAACGAAAAUAUGAGUGCAUAGACGUAAAUAUGACCGAUUCGCAUUCGUCGAACACUCCACAGUCUCAUAAGAAAAAGGAGUUCAAAACCAAAGACAGGAGUCACAUCGGUGACAAUCCAAAACACAUAGUAUUCGAUCAAGAUGGGUAAUAUAUUUGUCAUUGCAAGGAAUAUGUAUAUGUCUGUAAAGUUUAAUGUAAAAUAUUGAUUCCUCGAUGCACCUGUUCAUUGGUAAAUUUGUACAAAUGAAUUAAAUAUUAAAGUUAUCGUUUCACAUUGAAUAAAUAUUUUUUCAUCAA